AUGGAAGACUGCGUGGCAGCUAUGCAGAACAAGAAGCCUGACCUGGGCAUCAACAGUGUUGAGGAGUUGAAGCAGUUGCUCCAGAAUUGCGACCAUGAGGGUCGCUUUGCAAUCGAUGAGUACAACCGCGUCCGGAAAGUUGAUCGCGCCGACCGACAGACGGCUGCGCAUCCUGCGUACCCGCCUUCGAAGCCAGCGCCAACGACGACGUGGACCACACAAAAGCAACACAAAACCAGUGGGCCCUUCAAUGCCUUCGCCGGCAGCAAACAAGAACCAGAGGAGGAACACAAGGCCUGGGUGAAGGAGGAGCAGGACCAGGUCGAUUAUGGCGGCGAUGAUGAUGAGGAGGUUGGAAAAAAGAAGAAAGGUCCACCAGGUGUUCCGCCGGGCAGGCAUUGGGAAAUGUACGACGACGAUGGGGUCAGCUGGUGGUACUACGAAGGCCCAAGAGGGAAGUGGUGGAUGCAAGACGGUCAGACGACGCCACAGCCCUGGGACGAAGGAACCGAAGAAUCUUGA